CUUUUGAAUAUUUUUUGUGAAAUCAGAUCACAUAAAAAGGUAAACAAAACAAAUUGCAACAUAAAUUUGUAAUAUCAUGGAUUUUCCUGCAAAUCUGGAGCUUAAUACCAUCUGUAGAAUGUGUACCACCAGUUUAUUGGACCAGGAAUGCUAUAUAAUAGACGAAGAUCUUGAAGAUUUGGUUUAUCUGCUUACAUCAAUAAAAUUCGACCAUAUAGAACAUAAAGAUAAUUUAAGGAUGUGCAUCAACUGUUUCGAAUGUCUGAGAACAUUCAAUGAUUAUAGAACAAAUUGUAUAAACAUCCAUGAUCGACUUAUUAAGCUGGAUCUCCGUGAAAAGAUUGAGGAAUUAGAUCCAGACAAGUAUGUUGUAGAAGAAUUGACAGAAACAAAUGAUGGGAUGAUAGAAUUUACUGAAACUGAUGAUGAGGAACUGCUUUUAAAUAAUCCAGUAAAAAAUGAAGAAAUUGUUUAUGCUGUUGAAAAGAUUUUGAGUGACAGUGAAUAUCAGGAAGAGAUAAUCAUCUCUAAAUCAUCCAUAAAAGCAUCGCCAUCAAAAAAAUUAGAUACAUCAAUGGAAAAAGGCAAGGAAAUUUACCAAAAACUACUACAGAAGUGCCUAAUUUGUGGCAAAGCGAUUGAAAAGAAUCGAAUGGAAGGACACAUCAAUAAGCACAACAACUUGAGACCAUAUUCAUGCACUGAAUGCAAUAAAGAAUUUUAUUGCAAACAACUACUAAGACUGCAUAAGACAUCAAUCCAUACAAAUAUAAAAGUAAAGUGUGAGAUUUGUGAUAAACUAUUUCCAUCGGCACGAGCCCUAUACUCACACAAUCUACGACAUAAAAAUGAAAAUCGGUAUGUGUGCAGCUUAUGUGACAAAAAGUUCAACAAUUCAAACUCAUUAAAAAGGCACAUGGCAAUUCAUUCUGGCGUUCGAGAAUUCGUUUGUUCAAUUUGUGGAGUUGGAUUUUAUCGACGAUUUAAUUUGGAUGUGCACAUCAAGAAUGUCCAUAAUCAGACAAAAGAAUUUAUAUGCACGUACGAUGAUUGUAAAAAGAAUUUUGGCUAUGCCAGAUUACUUAAAGAUCAUAUAAGAAAGCAUCAUCAAGUCAGCAUCCUUGAAAAUGUUGAGUUCUAAAAAUCAAGCUCCAUACACCCCUAAAAAGUCAUUUUCAGUUUUAAUAAAUUAAUUUUCAUUUUAAAAAAUAAAA